AUGUUGCCAAGAAGUCGAACUCUUCCUCCUAGAUUUCAUAAUGGCGACGUUGUAGAAAGGCAUGAUAUCAGACAUUACCUGCAAGUGGAGGCCCAACCUAAAGCUCACUGCAGUGAAAGUGAAGCAAUAAACCUUCAGGCUAACUAUUCCAAGUGCUUCGACGAUGAUGGCCGCUUGAAGAGAACUGGGACUUUCUGGACUGCAACAUCCCAUAUUAUCACUGCUGUUAUAGGGUCGGGUGUGCUCUCAUUGGCAUGGGCGAUAGGGCAGCUUGGCUGGGUUGCUGGACCUACUGUUAUGAUCCUCUUUGCCUUUGUAAUUCUCUACACAUCAAACCUCCUAUCCCAGUGUUAUCGGGCUGGCGACCCUGUCACUGGACCGAGGAAUUACACCUACAUGGACGCAGUCAAGGCUAACCUUGGUGAGUAA